AUGCCAGAAACAGUAUCGCUGCUUCUUGCUGCUGUCUUCCAAAAGGCUGUUUCGAGCGUGCGGCACCCAAUGGCCGUGGAAAUUUCGAACGAAGACUGA